AUCACCUAAUCAUCCUAAAUUCCUAAUUCCUAAAUCUCAGCUCGUCAGCCGUCUGCCCAUCUGGCCAUCUCCAUUCUCGCCUCCUCGGACUCCAAAUCGACCAGAGAGCUCAGCCACCGCCCUCAGCCGUCAACCCCAGCCGUCGACGUCUCCCCCCGCCGUCGCGUCUGCACCGGCGUCGUCAAAGAACUGCAGAUCAGCCGUCGACCGUCGUGUACUCGUGGACGUGUCCCCCGCCGUCGCGUCUGCCCAGCCUCGCCGGCGUCUCCCCCGCCGUCACUUCCGCCGUCUCCUCUCACAGUCUCAGCCGUCGGCCGUCGCUUCUGCCCAGGAGUUUCUGGGAGAUGGAGUGGCAGUAAUUCUUGUGUUAUUGUUUUGUAUUUUGAGGCAGAGAGAGGGACUGCAGAUAUUGAAGAAAGAUUGGAGCUUUCUCAAGUGAAAGUGAGGGGUUUUGAACAUCCUGGAGAUUGUAAUAAAAGAACAGAAGAAGAGGAAGAAGAAGAAGAAAGGUCUCCCUGAGCUCGCCGGUCCGACGUCUCUGUAAUCGUCGACGAUGAAGCUCUCAUUUUCCCUCGCCUCAAAGCCCUCUUCAAACCUAAAGAAGCCAUCUCAGACCUUCGCCGGCAAUGACCCGAAAGCAUCGGCGUCCGCCGCCAAAGAGUAUGUGACCGAGUUUGAUGCUUCUAAAGCUCCGGCAGCAUCCGACUCUGUCGCCAAUUAUAUAAUCCCUCCGAAGGCCAACGAAUGGGAGCCUCGCAAACGGAUGAAGAAUAUCGACCUCCCUCCAAUCCGGUCGUCCGACGAUCAGCCGCUGCAAUUCGAGGUCGACACCGGCUCGUCUGUGGAGCCGUCGUCCGAUUCCGUGUCCUACGGUCUGAAUAUCCGCCAGUCUGCCGACGAUCCGAACACCGAUAAGUCAGAAAACCCUAAACCUAGCCCUAAUGUUGAUCCCAUGUUGCAUAGGCUGAAAGAGGAUCUGAUGAGACUGCCGGAUGAUAACGGUAUGGAUGAGUUUACUGAUAUGCCCGUGGAGGGCUUUGGAGCUGCUCUGCUCAAGGGUUAUGGUUGGAGUGAAGGCAGAGGCAUAGGCCGCAAUGCAAAAGAGGAUGUGAAAGUGAGAGAGUAUAAAAGAUGGUCUGCGAAGGAAGGGAUUGGAUUUACUGCUGAAUUGCCAAACGAUACUAAAGUGCAUAAGGUUGAUGGUGGAGAAAAGAGAGAUAAGAAAAUGAAUGCCAAUGGAAAGGAGGAAAGAGGGGAAAAGGAAGGGAAAGGAUUGUUUGUGGGCAAGAACAUAAGGAUAGUUGGAGGUAGGGAAAUUGGAAUGAAAGGAAAGGUUGUGGAGGUGAAGAGCGGUGGGAAUAUGGUUAUUAGGCUUUCCAGUGAUGACAGGGAAGUAAUUGUCCAAUCAUCUGAUGUUGCAAAGUUGGGUUCUGUAGAAGAGGAGAAGUGUAUGAGGAAGUUGAAGGAGUUGAAGAUUAAAGACAGCAAUAAAGAUUCAUCUAGUGUUAGACAUCGUAGAGAAAGUAGAGAUGAAGUAACGAGGGAUAGGGAAAUUAGGGAGGAAAGAUCAAGGGACAGGAGAAAGGACAGCAAGCGUAGUAGAGAUGAGUCAAAUGCCAAGGGAGUUGAACAAAUUUCUUGGCUAACUAGUCAUAUAAGAGUUAGGGUUAUAAGUAAGACGUUGAAAGGAGGAAAAUUAUAUUUGAAGAAAGGAGAAGUGGUGGAUGUGGUAGGGCCAUCAACUUGUGAUAUAUCAAUGGAUGAGAGCCGGGAGUUGAUUCAAGGUGUGAAUCAGAAUCAGCUUGAGACGGCACUCCCAAGGCGCGGUGGUCCUGUACUUGUUUUGUGUGGUAGGCAUAAGGGCGUGUAUGGAAGCCUUGUAGAGAGGGAUACAGAGAAGGAAACUGGUGUUGUGCGACAUGGUGAUACACACGAGUUACUCAAUGUGAGACUUGAGCAAAUUGCAGAAUAUACAGGAGAUCCUAGUUACAUCGGCUAUUGAAGAAUCCAUUCAAUUGUUGCUUGGCAUUGACUGGUUGGGGAUGCCACUGAAAUUGAAGGUUGGUACACCACUGUUGAAUGCUGUUGUUGAUGUUCAGCUGCCACCGAAGAUGACCACGUUACAAUUUCUUUAUCUCCAAGCCGGUCAACUGUUCUGCUAAACUUGUACUAUUGACCUAUAUUGUUUGACAAUUAUUAUUUCUCAAGAAAGAAAGUGUUGUACCAUACGUAUAAAUGUAUAAUUUUAUUGAUCUUGAACCAAGUAAAAGAGUGUGCUUUCCCCUCCAAAAAAGAAAGUUCAAUUUUGAAAGGAAAAAUGUUUAGUGUACUCUUGUAA